UGCAGUUCACUUGACGGAAGUGUUGAAGUUUACAGCAGGCGAAUCUGCGUGGAUGGCAGUCGGGUGUGCGUGUGUGUGUCCGCGGGAUGUUACAAGGGCUUGUAUUUGAUGGUUUAACAGCCAAACGGAGAGAAGUUGUUUCCUGCAGGACAGCGUCGGAUCAGGUGGCGUUCAGAGACCAGGACACUGAAGAAAGAAAUCUGACCUCUCCUCUCUCAAUGACCAUCUUGACUUGGGAGUGAGACCCCUGUCAAACUAAGCAAUCCAAGAUUGCUGAAGAAGAGAGCUUUGAGCUUCCAGAAAGAGUUCUCCUUUGACGAAAAAGACGACCCAGCCAAAAGCACUAAGGAUAUAGAUGUUAGUCUCUUGGCCAAUCUCCCUAAAGUCUCUGAAUUGAGGAAACGAUUUGAAGGCAUUACCACGAGUGUGAGUGACUGCUGGGAAAUGAACAGAAAGGAACGUAUCGCUCGGAGGUUGGAGGGCAUAGAGGGCGAGGUGCAUCCGUCUCUGCUGCCUAGCCUGGUGGCUAAUCGGCUCCUGGAGGAGGAUACGCCACGGUACACUCGGGCCUCUGAUCCUUGUGAGCCUUGUGGUGUUACAGUCCAGCGGUAUGGUAUCGAGGGAUUUGAAGCCCAAGAAAUGAUAGCUCCAGAGCGACAGUCCAGGGCCAGAGCCAGACCUGACCCUCAGUCCUCCAUCCAUACCGAGCCCACCUACACCUCAGGCUCGACUACAGAUGCCCCAGAGCUGGAGUCCAAGGCUGAACGGAUUGCUCGCUACAAGGCGGAGCGACGCAGGCAACUGGCUGAGCGCUACGGCAUCUCUUUGGAUCAGGAGCCAGAUUCAGAAUGCCCCUCCCGUUUCACUCGUACCCGGAAGGACUCGGAAGGAUCAGAGAGGCGGAACAGAGGGGGAUCGCUGGGGGAGGAAGGAAGGGAUGUCACCCUGAGCACUUACACCAGUACCUCUGCAACGAGCCCAAGGGCUGGACGCACGGCACCACAGCACGUCCAGCCAGACCAGGGUUACGAGAUGGGUCGAACCAGGGUGGACUCGUUCUCAGAACGGGAGAGACUGAUGAACCUGGAGAAUCAACGCAGAGCGGCCCCUCCAGAGCCACUGUCCCCUUCUUCAUACAUGGAUGUGACAUCAUUAUCCUCAGCUGCCAGGGUCCCCAUUACUAAGGACUAUCCGGUAACAGGAAUGCCACCCAGUUCUCCCAAGAUGAGCAGGCACCCCUCCCUCUCCUCUCCUAAACACGGCGGGUCUCCUGGGGACCUCUUCAUCGAGCAGCAGGCCCAUAACAUCCUCAGCAGACAGGGGUCCUGUGUGAGUUCAGACAUUGCUCCAACUGAAGCAGAUGAAGAGAAGGUGGACGAUCGGGCCAAAAUGAGUGUAGCAGCCAAGCGCUCUCUCUUCAGGGAACUGGAGAAGAGCCUUGAUGGCGGAGCCCCUAAACUGCGCUCCAGGAAUGCUGCAGUGGACAGGAGACUGAGACGGACACAAGACAGAUCAAGGACUCAACCGGUCACCACGGAGGAAGUCGUCAUCGCUGCCACUGUCCCCACCCAUGUGCCACACACAGUGUCUGCUCACACUGCUGUAGCACGCAUCCCUAGCCCCACCCUAGUUUACAGCACUGUCCCAUCAUACAGCUUGCAGGCAUCUUCACAGAAGAGCUCAGCUGCCCACGAGCAGGCACGGGAAACCCGGCAUGUGCGGGACUACCAGGAAAUUCAAGUCUCCAAACCGGUGUCAGCAAUGGAGGAAAAAGUCCAGCAAAAGAUCCAGAGUAAGAGCCAGCUCCAUGUCUUCAAACCAGUGUCCACAUCAGAGAAGAAAGAGCCAGAAAAGAGCCAGAGUGAGAGUAAGAGCAUGGCUCUGGGUCAGGAGGAGCCUGACCUCAGCACCCUGAGUCUGGCAGAGAAGAUGGCGAUGUUUAACAGACUGGCUCAGCCUCCCACCAGGGUCACCCGCACCAGAGGGGAUGCAAGACAACGCAGGUCCAACGCCCGCUAUCAGACUCAACCCAUCACACUGGGAGACCUGGAACAGCUUCAGAACGGUGCAGCUUCAGGAAACGGACAUCUCUCUACUUCAUUAUCUUCCUCCGCUCUGAAACCUGGAGGCACUGUGUCCACUGACCACGCCGGAGACAUCCACAUAACCAGAGCAGCACCCCGAGUUGAAUCCCUCCCUCCCUGCUCUGAAAGGCCUCUGCCCCCUCGCCACCCGGACGGCCCGGCUUCAAGGUCUCAGGAGCCGCAGCCAACAGACCACCGCAGGGCCAGGGCCUUAUCCCAGGGAGAAGAAGGAGCUAAUCUUGAAGGAGGAAGAAGGAAGCAGCCUUCUCCUGAGGGGGCGGUCAGGCAGGCCGCUCUGCCCCAGCCCCAGACUGGAAGAGAGAGGAGGGAGGAGAGAGAAGAAGAGCAGCAGUUUGCUAGAGAGGGUGGAGACAGAGAUCUGCAGAGCACAGAGAGCCGCAUAUUCCACGAGUGGCUGGACUCGUACCAGAGAGAAGGACAGUAUUCAGACAUUCAGAAGAACAGAGCCAUUGGUGGAGAGCUGCAUGAGUCCACUGUGGUAACAUCCAGAGCAGCAGCACGUCAGCCUCCAGUCACUGACACGCACCUAGACAGCAGACACGCAGACGACCUGUUUGAGCCCGAGCCGGGAGACGAGCUGUGCGACAUGAUGACCGCCAAACAGAUGUCCAUCAGAGACAGAGUGGCCUUGCUGAAGAAAAGUGGUGAGCAGGACUGGAGGAACAGGAUCAAUAGGAAGCAGGAUGUGGCAAAGGUUGCUGUUGGUGACCAGCAGACUCAGCUCUGGGAGGCGGAGCAGAGCUUCAAGAAGAAGGACGAUGAAGCACUGAUGAUGAUGGAUGAGUUUGCUGAGUCCGACCAGCUGUGGAGGAUAUCUGAGUCUGAGCAGGAGAGCCAGAGCAUCGACGCUCACAUGUCCAUCCAUGAGAGGAAACAGCUGAUUGUAGCUCAAGAGGAGGCCUGGAAGUCUAAAGGCCAUGGCGCCGCCAACGACUCCACACAGUUCACUGUGGCUGCACGCAUGGUGAAGAAAGGGUUAACCUCUUCAUCAGCUCUUCAGCCAGCACCAUCCAAACCCAAGAACAGCAGCCCGGCUAUCUCCAAACCACAGGAAGAGAUCAAGGCCAUACCAGACCUCAACCUGGAGUCUGACAUGAAGCUGGAUAAACUGGAGUCAUUCCUUGGCAAGCUCAACAGUAAAGUGUCUGGACUGCCAGAGGCGACCAUCACAGUAACAGAGAAGAAAGUAAAAGAAGUGAUGGCCCUCGAAGAUGAAACCUUCUCCAAGUUCUACCGCCAAGUGGAGGAGCUUCCCAUCAGCACCAACAAGGUGGAGAUAGACGACGACUUCGACGCCAUCUUCGGUCCCCAGGAGCCAAAGCUAACCUCAGAGAUGGUGCAGCACAAGCGAUCGGUUCGUCCGACACGUAACGUUCAAGCAUCUAGAAAUCCUCUGAAGAUGCUUGCUGCCAGGGAGGACAUCCGACAUGAGUAUACGGAGCAGAGGCUCAACAUUGGUCUCCUGGAGAGCAAGAGGAUGAAGGCGGAGAAGAUGAGUAAGAACUCUGGUCUCUCUGAUGUGGCUCUGGCCGGUCUGGCUAGCAAGGAGAACUUCAGCAACGUUAACCUGCGCAGUGUCAACAUCUCAGAGCAGAUGUCUAACAACAGCGCCGUGCCUUACAAGAAACUCAUGCUCCUGCAGGUCAAAGGCCGACGGCAUGUCCAGACCAGACUAGUGGAGCCCAGAGCUUCAUCCCUGAACAGCGGGGACUGUUUCUUACUCAUCACACCGCACCACUGCUUCGUUUGGACCGGAGAGUUCGCCAACGUCAUCGAGAAGAACAAGGCUGCGGAGUUAGCAAAUUUCAUCCAGAGCAAGAGAGACUUGGGUUGCCGUGCUAACUACAUCCAGGUCAUCGAGGAAGCUGUCAACACACAAAGCAACACCGCCAAGGAUUUCUGGAAGCUUCUUGGAGGGCAGUCCAGUUUUCAGUCAGCAGGGACUCCAGAUGAAGACGAGCUGUACGAGGGAGCUAUUGUGGAGACAAACUGUAUUUACCGCCUGAUGGAUGACAAACUGGUCCCAGAUGAUGAUUUCUGGGCCAAGAUGCCCCGUUGUUCCCUGCUCAACCCCAAGGAGGUUUUGGUGUUUGAUUUUGGCAGCGAGAUGUACAUCUGGCACGGGAAAGAAGUGACUUUAGCACAGAGGAAGGUGGCCUUCCAGCUGGCCAAGCACCUGUGGAACGGCACCUUUGAUUACACAAACUGUGACAUCAACCCACUCGACCCAGGAGAGUGCAACCCACUCAUACCCAAGAAAGGUCAGGGCCGGCCAGACUGGGCGGUGUUUGGAAGACUGACUCAACAUAAUGAAACCACUCUGUUCAAAGAGAAGUUUCUGGACUGGACCGACUCCAGGAAAACACCCAGCCCGACAAGAAACACCAACGAUCACAUCACUGAUCAAAAGGAGCAGUCCUCCUCUGACCAGCCACACGCCUACGAUGCUUCCUUGAUGAUGCCCCUGCAUGAGGGGCCGAUCUGCACCAAACUGGACGGGUUCAACGUGGGCCGAGGCUACGGCCUGGUGGAGGCGGAGGACUGGAGGAGCUAUGAGAUCAGCACGCAGGGGGUGGAGGUGUGGCACAUCCUGGAGUUCGACUACAGCCGUCUGCCGCGCCAGAGCAUCGGGCAGUUUCAUGAGGGCGACACGUACGUGGUGAAGUGGAAGUACAUGGUCAGCGCUGCAGUUGGGAGGAGACAGAAUCCAGAGCAGCAGAAGACAGCAGGCCCAGGGAAAGAGAAGUGCUGCUACUUCUUCUGGCAGGGCCGCAACGCCACCGUCAGCGAGAAAGGAACGUCAGCACUGAUGACGGUGGAGCUGGACGAAGAGCGAGGAGCACAGGUUCAGGUCCAGCAGGGUAAAGAGCCUCCAUGUUUCCUGCAGUGCUUCAAAGGAGGGAUGGUUGUCUACUCGGGGAAAAGAGAAGAAGAGGAGGAAAAUUCACAGAAUGACUGGCGUCUGUACUGUGUGCGUGGAGAGGUGGAUGUGGAGGGCCACCUGCUGGAGGUGGCCUGUCAUUGCAGCAGCCUGCGCUCUAGAGUCUCCAUGGUGCUGCUGAGCGUCAGCCAGGCCCUCAUCUACCUGUGGCACGGCUGCAAAUCUCAGGCCCACUCACGGGAGGUGGCACGCACAGCAGCAAACAAAAUCAAGGAACAUUGCCCUCUGGAAGCCGGCCUCCACAGCAGCCGCAAGGUCACCAUCCGGGAGUUUGAUGAGGGAGCGGAGCCCGCAGGAUUCUGGGAACCCCUCGGGAGGAGGGACAGGAAGGCCUAUGACUGCAUGCUGCAAGAUCCAGGAAGAUUUAACUUUACGCCUCGUCUGUACCAGCUGAGCAGCACCUCAGGGGAGUUUUCAGCUAUAGAGUUUCUGUUUCCUGCUAGAGAACCCAAACAGGUCAACUCAAUGCCUUUCCUGCAGGAGGACCUCUAUGCAGCGUCACAGCCAGCCCUGUUUCUGGUGGACAACCACCAUGAGGUGUAUCUGUGGCAGGGCUGGUGGCCUCAGGACAGUGAAAGCACCGGCUCAGCCAGGAUCCGCUGGGACUCAGACAGAAAGUGUGCCAUGGAGACCGUGCUGCAGUACUGUAAAGAAAAGAAUGAGAAAAAGCCUCCCAAAGCCUAUCUGAUCCACGCCGGUCUGGAGCCGCUCACCUUCACCAACAUGUUCCCGAGCUGGGAGCACCGAGAGGACAUCGCUGAGAUCACUGAGAGGGAGGCAGAGGUGUGUAACCAGAUCAUUCUGGUGGAGGACGUGUUGGCCCGUCUGUGUAAGACCACAUACCCCCUGUCAGAUGUCCUGGCCCGGCCGCUGCCUGAGGGGGUGGACCCUCUUCGCCUGGAGGUCUACCUCUCUGAUGAGGACUUUGAGAAAGCUCUGGAGAUGAGCAGAGAGGAGUAUGGGGGUUUGCCCGCCUGGAAGCAGGUGAACUUGAAGAAAGCUAAAGGACUUUUCUAGCGGAGAGCUGAUCUGAAGAGAGCAGAGAAAAGCCACCAGGAGGUCGUUCUGUCUCCUCUUUUGUUUCUGUCCGGAGGCUCAGGGACAGCCGCUCCUGAGUUAACCCUUAAUUUGAGGGUCGAGGACAAAAAAGAGGAGUGAAGGAGGUGGGGAGGAGGUGAUCAGAGAGUGAAAGGUGCAUCAGCUUCUUGUGCAGAAGUUGUGUAAAUGAGAAACAGUGUAAGCUGAUGCAUCUGUAACUGAAAGUGUUAAUAGUUCUUCUUUAAAGUCACUCUUCUUUAUGUUUGUACAUAUGUACCAUACGCAGCACAGGCAGUGCUGUCACACUGUCAGCCAUCUGUUAGAGUGGUUACAGGCCGGUCAGCCUGUUCAACACACUCCUGUAUGCUUGUGCAUUAAAAUAAUUUAUAUUUAUAUCCAUAAAGGAAUUAAAAGAAAGAAGCUACCUGAAAACUCGCUACGCUGAGAACAAAUAAAUAAACUGUAAAUUCAUGUUGUGGAUAAAAACUGGAUAUCACAGAUCUUCUCUCCCGCUGUACAGUUCACCGUUUGCCAUUUACAGAAGAAAAAAUGCAGCUUUAUUUGAAUGUAGUGUCACUAUGUGUCUGAUAGAAGAAAGGAUUCAGGCUUGAUAAAAAGCAAAGAUAGAGUGAUGAUGAACUGUUUGUGAUUUUAAAAAUCCUCCAGUGUAUAGUGCCUUGCUUUGUGUACAGUUUAUAUGAAAAUCCUAGUCUGCAUUUUGAAGACUUUUUGUGAUAUAAAGAAAUAUUAGAGAAAUAAACAAUGACAGUUGGAUAUUUGA